GCUACACUGAACAAUAACACAAGAUGGGAUUUAUCUUAUUUCUCAUAUUCUUCUUCCAAACAGUUGGAAAAUGUUCUGCGGGUGGUUACUGUGCUCACCAGGUGAAGACCAUACAAGUGACGGAAGGAGGAUCUGUUACCAUCCCUUGUACUUUAACAUAUCCCAAAGACUUGAAUAGUUUUGAAGUCAUUCAGUUUAUCUGGCAUGUAACAGAACACGGAGAGUGCUUCUCUUUAACAGCAAUGUAUAUUCCCAAACAAAACUUCACACAUGGUAAAUAUAAAGGGAGAGUUUCUAGGGUAAGGAAUCCUAAUGAAAACUGGGCAGAGUCAAUCACAAUCCAUGGACUGAAGAAGACCGAUGGUCCAGUAAUCUGUUGUCAAGUCGCCAUCAGAUAUAAGUAUGACUAAAGUAAUUUUUAUAGUUCAUAUGGAACACAUCUUCUCUUCACAGAUAACAUCUUUGUGGAUCAAUUGGAUGCUGUUCCUGCACUCCUUGGACAAAAUGUCACCAUCCCAUGCUCAAUUCAUAACCCAAAUGGAAUUAACAUUACUGUACAACAAGUUAAAUGGAGAAUAGGUAAAGGCUGCCCAAACAUAGAUAUAUUCUCCUCUGACAAGUCGCUUAUGAAUGGGCACUUCUCUAUGGUGGAUUAUCCUAAGGAUUUCUCCCUGCGUAUACAUAAUGUAGAAAAGAAUGAUCUGGAUACUUACUGCUGUUCGGUGAGAACCAGUGAAGGAGAAUUUAAAGUAAAACAUGGCACAGAGCUGGUGAUUGAAGGAUCAAGAGACAAUUUGGGAUCAAGUGUUCAUCAGCCACAAGCCUCUUCAGCCCACUUAGGAGGCUCGGCCACCAUUAAAUGUUCAUACAGCACAUUCAAUGAGAGAGAACCCAUGGAAACUACAAUUUAUUGGACAGCUGGCAGCCCUCAGGGACUUUUCGCUUUUCAUCCAGCUCAGGAUAUGAUUGAUUCAACGUACAGAGGAAGAACAAAGCUGACAAACAAUACAGAUUUGCAAAUAACAGGGGUACAAGUAAAUGAUGACACUGUAUAUUAUUGCUUGGUGAUGCUCAAAUUCUGUGUUGUAAAUCCCAUUUUACGUACAAAUAUCAACUAUGGAAUUGGAACCAGAUUAAGAAUAAGAGAGUUCAUUUCUUCGCAAUGGCCUUUCUAUGUUAUCCUUGCGGUCCGAUUCACUGUGUUCUGCAUUGUUAUUAUCUGUGGUAUUCUUGGAUAUAGGGGCAUCAAAAGAAUUACUGCAGUAAGCAAAAGUGGAUAGAGAAUGAAUCAAAGAAUCAACUUUCGUCGUAUCAGGAGAAACUGUACAGAUUCUGUAAGGAUUUUCUUCACCAAAGUAACAUAAUUUUAGAGAGGUUUGAAGAAAGAAAAUGUGAUCGAAACUUAUUGAAAAAACUUGUGGGUGAUGUCUUUGAAGACAACUUUUUGUAAAAUGAAGAAAAGUAAUAAUGACAAUAAUGGAUUAUUUUUUUCUUUUUAUUACAAAGUAUAGUACUAAAAUUAAGGACAAUUGAGUCUCUUCUAAAGAAAAGCUGAUUCUAAUUCAUGCCCUUUUAAUAUCGAUAAUAAUGUUAAUAUUUUUGUGCCUU